AGGCUCUCCGUUUGCUGUUGUCAUCAUGACCGUUGAUCGAGCUGCGCGGGUUUUUGCUUGUUGGCUUUUCUCGUCUCACCUCCAUUGAUACUUUGGUAGUAUUAUCAUUUCUCUUUUCUUCGUAAGUGCUAAGUACAUAUAUAUAUUUUGUAUUUUCCCCCGUUCGUGUAGUGCUGCUGUUUCUGCCGGAGUGGUGUGCGUCUUGUGUGGACGCUGCGCUUCCCCGCUGUGAAAUACAUAUACUUCUAUACAUAAAUACUCUUGUUCUUCGCCGGGCACAUAGGUCAGUUGUGCGUGAACAUAUCUUCUAGACAGAGGUAGAAGGAGAAGGAGGAAGCAACGAUGGCGUCGGUUCCUAACCUGACCAUCUACGAGGCGUGGCAGUCCACACUGGUCUCUUUCCUUGUCCCUGCCUGCGUGCUCUCUGCCUGGCCGGUCUUCGUGAUCGUCUGCGCGGCCAACCGAGCUCCGUUGAAGCUGCUGUGCAUCCUCGCCUUGGUGUCGCUGGCCGACGGCCUCCUCGGCAGCUGUGCGUUUCCUCUCACCCAUCAGUACGCCUUCACGCCCUCGCAGAACAACGGUCUCUUCUACGCCGGCUCCCUUAGCUACUGGCUUGGCGGGUUGGUCCUGGGCCCCGUGAUGGAGGUCGGCGGCGCACGGAAGUCAAGUAUCGCGUUGAGUCUCGUGGGCCUGCUCGGUGCAGCCUUCUCGGCGCAGGACACGUUUGUGCUGACCUUUCUCGGCCGCUGCUGCAGCGCGACGGCGACGGCCGGCCUGACCACCUUGGUGGAGUACCUGCUAUACGCGGAAGCGCGCCUUCCCCGCGGCGGUCCGGGCGAGGGCGACGAGCAGUACCUCGACAAGGAGCACCACCCCAGCAGCGGCAGCGGCGGCGGCGAUCCAGGCGCGGGCAUCGACAGCCUGGGCGGCGGCGUGCUGACCAUGUACCACCAACUGCGCCCGCUAAUGCUCUGGGCCGCCAUGCGGCUGGGUCAGUACGCGAUGUUCGCCACACCAAUGAUCUCGACAGGGCCGUGUUGGGCAGCGACGGUGUGCUAUGCGGUGGUGGUGUUGAUGGUGUGGAAGGUGUUCCCGCUGGCGAGUCGACGGAAGAAGCUGAGCGGCGAUGCAGGAGCGGAGGCGGACGGCCUUUUCCCGGGCUUGGUGCCCGCGAAGAGCCGGUUGCUGUCGUUGCUCUCGUCGAUGCUCUCCCCAGCAGUGCUGCGAUGGGGGCGCUGCUUUGCGAGCACCUACGCCGUUUCCAUUCACACGCUGCUGCAACCGAAGCAGGUUGCGCGGCAUCUUGUUGACAUCCUCUUUGGCGGCCUUUUCCUUGUCUUGUCGCUGCUGUGGGUGCCAACGCUCGAGAUGUACGACGACAGCAUCCCGUUCGGCUUUAUCUUUCAAAUCUUCAUGAUCGCCCGCUUUCUCGGGAGCACGAUCUCGCUGCCCGUGUGGGCCGCAGGAUGGGCGGAGGCCGCGCUGGUGCUCCUGUUAAGCGUUGCCGCACGCGUGCUGAACACCUCGCGCGACUACGCCAUUCCCGUGACGAUUAUGCUGGCCGGCGUGGUGAUGCACCUGGUGGCCGGCGUAGCGCAGACGACCGGCAGCUUGUGGAGGGCCGAGUACCCAGCCGCCACCGCUCCGCUGACCUUCCUAUUUCUUGUGCACGCGCUGACAGGCAUCAGCGGGUGGCUGUUUCUGCUGGUGAUAGACGGCAAGUACAUGGAGGACGCGUUCGUGUUUGAGGCGCGGUGGAUUUAUGCACUGAUGUGGGUGGAGGCGGUGGCCCUCGCGCAGUACAUCGUGAAGCGGGCGCGGCAGCAUCGCGAGACGACGGUUCUGCCGAGCAGCGGUGUAAAGGAGAGCUGGCGCGAGGGCGGUGCUGAGUGGUGA